AUGAGGGGUUUGCGCGGAGGUGCUUGUGUGGAAGGAAGCAGCCUGGUAGCGAAGGUCACACUGACAAUCGAGUUUGACGGUAAGCCGGUGGAUAUGGUGGAGACCUUUGGGUCGAUUAAGGGCUGGGGCGAAUCGAGCAGAAUGGUGCAAGACGGUUUGGGGUAUCUUCGGGAACUCCCGGACCUGGCAGUGGGGUUGCCCGCCCAGGAACACGUGAUCCUGUCUCCUGAGGAGCUGGAGGCGGUGCACCAUGAAUACAAGGCCAACGACUGUAUGGUUUCAUUCGCUCUCCUAACUCUGGCGGAAUGUCUAAAUGCGAUCUCCCAAGUAGUCAGAGAACACCCAGACACGUGUGGGAUUUCGGCUGACCUUGGUGAGCAGAUCCGUGAGUGGGUGGACUGUUAUUCGAACCAUAUGGGACCGAACGUCUUGCGGUUCCCUCCAACGAAGGCCACUCGAAUUCAAGACCUCAAGUUCAUUCUCGUACAAAUGACACGAUUCCCGGGGAAGACCGAGGGUGUAAAAACUUUCAGCGCGCCCACAUUACAGCAGUGCAACCUGGACACGGUCUCGGCCCGCUCGUGGCACCAAGUAAGAGCCACCCUAGAUUGCCACGACGAGAGACUACUUGAUCCGAAGAACGACAUUCAUCUCCAGAUUGGAGUGGCUAUGCCAUGGGAAAUGUAUGAGGACAUGAUGGGAGAGCUGGCUGUGGAGUAUCGUCACGCCAUAAGCUAA